GCUGUACAGUAUGAUACCAAUAUAAAACCGUUCCUGUCAACCCCAAGUCUCAACACCCCUUCCUCUUGUGAUAACGCCUUUGUAAUGUAUACUAUUGACUUGGACGAGCAUAUCGACCCUCCCAGAAGAAAUCGCGUUUAUUUGGUGUCGUCCGAAAGCACUGUCUGCAAUGUUAUUUCUCGUUAAUCGUUACGUCGCUCUGCUCGGCAAUAUCUUUGGCCUGCUUAGCGAUUUUCUGCCCAUUUCAAAUGAGGUUCUACAGUGUUGUGCAUGUUACUGAACUGGCAUGCUUACACUUUAUCUUCGCAGAGCUGUUCGAAAUACGUGGUAGCCCGACAAGUGUUACUUUUUUCCCAACAAAUCUUCAUUUGCCUCAUAUUGUCUCUUCGCACUUAUGCUCUCUACGGAUGUAGCAAGCGCCUGCUAAAAUGGAUGGUAAUCAUUGGCCUUGUUCUUGCGGCAGGAGGGUUGGCGGGAACUUUUGGGCAUGAUUCAGACGGUGCGACCGGCAGCGACUGCUAUGAAAUAUACACAACAGCGACAUCUAUCCGUCAUGGGAUGGCAUGGGUAGCAAUGCUUAUCUAUGAAUUGUUCAUCUUCGUCCUCACAGUCAUCAAGACUUGCAAGACUAGGGGAUUGCCGCGGUUCUCCCUAAUAUCCAGGAAAGAUAUCCUUGAUGUCAUAUUCCACGAUGGUGUGAUGUACUUCGCAGGGAUGUCAUUGGUCAAUUUACCCAACAUUCUGACGUACUUCUGUGGUUCAGAUAUCACCAGAGGCAGCCUGAGCACAUUCACUAGUUGCAUAUCUGUCACUCUCAUCUCUCGCCUGAUGCUUAACCUGCACGAAUCUAUCGACACUGGCAUCUUCUCUACCCCCGCCGGGACUAGCCUCGAUAUCCUUACCACUAGGGUUGACGUACAGACUGCGGUUUCCUCUCACCAUUGGUAGGCUGGUAUUGGAUCCUGCUUUUGGAUGCAGGCUAAGU